UGAGAGAGAGACACGGUUGAAGACUCAAAGUUCCAGCCUUUUCCCGGUUAUCCUCCGCCUCCUCUUACAUUUCUUUUUCUGUUUCUCUCUGGCUGCUAUAAAUAAAAACGAAAUCUAAAUCCAGAUAUCACGCCACCAUUUUCAUCGGAUCCGGGGAUUUCCUUUGCUUUGUUUUCAGGGGAUUUGUUCCUUGUGGGAUUAUAAUACUUAUUAGGACAAGAGAUUGCCCCUGAAGGUUUUGGAAAUUGGAUGAAGGAGGGUUUUUAUCAGGUGGUGGGUGUGGGUUAUUGGUGGAAAGGUGUCAGAGGUAUGCACAAAAACUUUUGUGCAGUUAGCAAAGGUUCUUAGUUCUUAGUACCAAUUCACAGUUCAAUUGGGGAUAGUGAGGUUUUGUAUAUUUGUCAUCACUUUUCAUCUUCACGCGUGAUAUACAUCGAGAAGAGGUUGGUUCGUGUUUUUGGUUGACUCCAAAGAUUUAGCGCUUGCUUGUCCUGUGAAUAUAGUUGGUGCGUUGAGCAUUUGGAGUGUGAGUAGAUGGAAAUGGAUCAUCUAGCUCCAAGAGAGAGAGAUUUUGAUAUUGAUCUUGAAGUUGGAGGGACAGUUAGCGAAGAAGAUUCAACCAAAGAUUCAGGUCUUAGAAAACAAGGAAAGACGUUGAUCACUAAAAUGUGUAGUGGAUUUGCUGAUGGGACAGUCAAGGAUGAAGAAAGGACAAGUGCUCCCACCAUUGUGUCAAAUACUAACAAGAUUUGUGCUGAUAAUGCGAAGUCGGAGGGAGAAGGGACACCUACUUCUGCCGACAAGCAAGUGGGGAGGGAGAAAUGUAAAAAGACUAGUAAUAAAAAAUCUCUUAAACCUCCUCGACCUCCAAAAGGUCCAUCGCUGGAUGCGGCUGACCAGAAGCUUAUCAGGGAGAUUACUGAACUUGCUAUGUUGAAGCGUGCCAGAAUUGAAAGGAUGAAAGCAUUGAAGAAGACGAAGGCUACUAAAGCAUCAUCAUCUAAUGGCAAUUUUUUAGCCGUGGUUUUCACCAUUCUCUUUUGUCUUGUGAUAAUAUUUCAAGGAAUGUCAUCCAGGGGAACAUCUGCAAGCUUACGGGGAGCUCCUAUGUCCUCAGGAUCAGCAGAUGGUGGUUUGAUCUCUGUCCAGUACUUUGGAAAUCCAUCUGCAAGUGGCCCAAAUGGGCAUGGAUCUGGGUCUCCCAAUCUUGUAGAACAGGUUGCUGGUUCCGAUACUCCAGAGAAGCUGAAAAGAGUUGCAGCUUUUUUACUAUAGUCUCAACUUGAUAGAUUAUCGCUGGUUUAUAUCGAUGAAAGAUAUCUACCAAUCCAUGGAAAUUCAUGCAAAUGUUGGUUCUUGCACUUUUGGUGACACAGUCCUUUGUUCUGAACUUCGCCUGGUAAUUUAUCCCCUGUAUGGCUAUAUAUAUAUUAUUUUGAUUUGGGGGUGAGUUAAAUUACCUUACAAGUUUGGUAGCGUCUUAGAAGCUUUCAAAGUAUCCAUUUGCUGCAUCCUUAGCAACUAAUCAAUCUGGCCGAGUUAGGGUUUGUCCUGAAAUUCCACUUGUAGCAUGAUGUACCAAAAGUCUUGUUCGUUAAUAUUAAGUAAAUGAUCAAGUUUUCUUAAGCAGUCUAUGGGAGGGGAAUGUUUCGUGUAAAUAUUUGUGGUGAAAUGGCACUGUUAUGUUAUUAUAUGCUAUGCUGGAUGAAAUCUUCAGAUUUUUCUCUCACAA